AUGACCCUCAAAAGUCAAGCCGAGUCGUCUGGCACCGGCCGCCUGCUGUCCACCAUGAACGCGGUCCUGCCUGCGCCCCGCGUCGACAACACCGGCGAGGUCUUUACGCUCUUCGUCCACGCCCUUCUCGUCAACGUCGGCUUCGCCUUCCAACACAUUUCACGCUACAGCAGCCGCGAUGGCUCACGGCUAGACGGCAACAGCACCAGCCACGGCCAGGACCAGGAUCAGGACCAGGACCAGGGCCAGGCCUCCAGCUCGACAACGACACUGUCAAGCAACCGGCUGCCGCCCACAUGGAACGCCGGCAGCGCGGAUUCCGUGACCGAGCUGGUCUACACGCAUGAGAAUCACGCCAACACUGUGUUUGCCUUCCGGGUCCACGUGUCCGGCGUGCAUGUCCACAUUCUGGGCACGUCACGGCCGUUGUCGGGCUCGGUGGCAUCCCCGCCUGUGCGCCUCGCCCAGGUGCCGCCUGACGGCAUCGCCAACAAUGGACAGCGCGUGGCCUCGGGCCGGUUUGUCGCGGCGGGCUAUUCUCUCGAUAUUGCCAGCGGCCAGGACAUUGCAGCCGUCUUCACCGAGCACGCCGCGUCCAGCCUAGCAAACGACUUCCAGUUCUACAUCCUACAGCGUCUCGUGCCGACACUCCAGCACGAGGGAUAUUCGCGUCUCGAAAGCCCUCCGUCUGGAGCUGGGACUGGAGCUGGAGCUGGGGCCGGUGACGAGAAGCAGAGCACGCACGCGAUUGUCACCGACAGCGCCCAGGCCCGACAAUGCGUUUGCGGCACCUCCCUCCCUGACACCGGAGCCCAGCGGGAUCCCGACGACGAGCCCCCCACGCGCUCGCGCCUCCAGGAAGGCCAGCCCCAGCACGCGCAGCCGCCCCUGCUCCCGGAGCUGGCCGCGUCCACGCCGCUCGGCCCCAUCAUAGACGACUUUACGCCGCCGGCUGCCGCGCCCCGCCCCGGUGGUGGCCCCCAUGUGCCCGGCCCCAGUGCCGACUUCCCGCCGCCGGGCUUUGAAGACGAGCACCAAAUGCUGCAGACGACGGGCCCCCGCCGCGGCGACUUCAACCCCAGCAUCGGCGCCGACGACCUCAACCCGCCCAGCCUUGGCCCGCACGACCCACUGCGGCCAUCCCGGGGUAUUGGCGGUGUAGGCGGUGUAGGCGGUGUAGGCGACGGCAGCUUUGGCGGCAUGCACCCGACCUUUGACGACCCCUUGUUUACCGGGAUCCGUGGACAGGGUGGACGCGGUGGCGGGGUCCGUGGUGGUUUCCCGCAGAAUCCGCCGGGCGCACGCUGGGACGACCCCGGCCCGGCGGGUAUGGAUCCUUCCGGCAUCUACGACGAGUUUGGCGGUGAGGGCAUGCCGCAGUUCCCUGGCGGCCGUGGACGUGGCGGUGGCUUCGGUCCUGGUGGAGGCUUCGGUGGAGGGUUUGGCGGCGGAGGUGGAUUUGGCGGAUUUGGCGGUCCAGGCAGCGGCGGCAGCGGCGGUUUUGGAGGUUUUGGCGGAGGCGGAUUCGCCUAG